AACGGCCAAGGCUGCGGAGCGUGCUCUCGUGAGGACAAGUAUCGACGUCGCCAGUCCGUCCACUCGCGUCUCUCUGCAUAUGAUGCCCCCCUGCAGAGACAGAAGAGGACGCCAAUUAGACAGUGAGAGCCGGUACAGUGAAGGACUGCAUUUCAUCGCAAGCAUCUGCUCUGUCUGCGGAUGCAGGGCGAGGUCACAUCCACGGAGGUUACUCUGGCCAUACUGCCGCCACUCCUGAAUGUGAGCGGUGAAUUCCCAGACACCACAUUAUCCUUAUCCCAUCACCAAACAACGCUCCGCGCUGCCACGGCACCAGCACAAGCUCAUCGCCCUGUCAUCCAGCCCCACACAAACUUCGAGGUCAGCCUCGCGCAGACUGACCAAGCUGACAGCUCUGAGGCUAUUGCAGUAAGAGAAGCGAGUUCAACCAAGCACGAAAUGCCGCCAAAAUGGACCACAGAGGAAGAUGAGCGGCUCCUUGCACUCGUGAAGGAUCCUAAGACCUGGGAACAGAUCGCGGAACAGAUUGGGCGAACGGCUAGAGGCUGUAAGGAGCGCUGGUACAGAAUCGCUGAACCCCGAAGCACCGAUGUCCAUGAGCAAUCCAACCAUAUGGAUUGGCCCGAGGAAGUAGCUGGGUCGGCCGGACCCUGGCGUUCGCCCAACGGUCAAGCAGGGAACACAAGAGCUCAUACCAGCCCGGGGCACCAGUUCUUGUCGGAUCAUAGCUAUUCCAGUACAUCCCGAAGAGACAUUCAUCUUCAACACUCGCAUGCUCUCCCUGCCUUCGAUUCCCUGACCUCAUCUUCAGCCGACGACUCUCACUUAGCGACAAUUGAGCUUCCGCCUCUGCUAUCGCCACGUGCAUAUGGCUAUGGCGAAUUUAGGUCCAGUAUGGGCCGCGCACGACCGAUAGAAUGCGAGACGGAACCCAUCUCACCCCCAAGAACUUUCGAAUUCGCCAAGCCGGGUAAUGAAAGACGCCAGCAGUGGUUUCCUCCCGCAUUCAGAGUGGUGAACAUUGCGCAACGGGCAUGCCCAGGAAUGCGUCGCAGCCCUCUUCAACAAUGGACCUUUUGGACGGUCACCUGUUCACGUAAAUAGAUAGAUGAUGAUAAUCAGCAGCCUGAUUCUCCCUCGAAGCAUGUCAGCCUC